CCCGUAGGCUGUAGUGUGUAUUUAAAAUGGCGGCGUCGAAGUAGAAGUUUCGUUCAUAGUUUUUAAUUUCUACUCAUGUUUAUUCGCGAGAGUUCAAAGUGUUAAAGUUUUACAAAUAAAUAUAUUUAUGUUAUAUCAGAUUAAUAUUUCUUAUACAACCUUCCAGAGUGCCUCUUAACGUAUUAGUGAGAGUGCAAUGUCAGAGGAGUCAGACAGACAUGGGGAGUCAGCCAGUGACGGCGUCGCAGGAGGCGGCGUCACUAACGUGGCGCGCGUGUUGUUGACCCCUCAUCAAGUCGACACCGCGUCCGCGGACUCGCUUCGUACCGCAUGGAGAAACCAGGACUUGUAUAUUGAUCACCUCGAAUCCUUGAACAAACAGUUGGAAGGCAGCUUGGAAAAGGCGAAAAGUAUAGAAGACAGAAUAAAUAAGCAAUAUGCAGAAUCACAACAUCGUGAAAAGGUUCUUGUGAGGAGGCUUGCUGCUAAGGAACAAGAAAUACAAGAUUAUGUAAGUCAAAUAACAGAAUUGAAAUCAUCACACGCCAGCCUAAAUGGGCGACCGUCGUUGUUGGACCCUGCGGUCAACAUGCUUAUUUUAAGGUUAAAGCAAGAACUUACAUCAACUAAGGCGAGACUCGAGGAGACACAAAACGAACUAUCAGCGUGGAAAUUCACACCAGACUCGAAUACAGGGAAAAAGUUGAUGGCGAAAUGUCGACUUUUGCAUCAAGAAAAUGAAGAUCUGGGACGGAUGACUUCCAGUGGUCGGAUAGCUAAGUUAGAAGGUGACCUAGCUUUACAGAAAAGUUUUAGUGAAGAAGUUAAGAAAUCCCAAUCAGAAUUGGAUGAGUUCCUACAAGAAUUAGACGAAGACGUAGAGGGAAUGCAAAGUACAGUGCUAUUUCUGCAGCAGGAAUUGAGGGCGACUCACGCCACAGUGAAUGGAAAUCGAGCCUCGACCCCCGCAGACAAGCGGACUUACUCGGGCAGUGAAUGUAGCGAUACUCCAGUGGGCAAGCGGAGGCGAGCCUCGGUUCUCUCUCUAGACUAUAACGAGGAAGAGGAACCCUUGACUGUCACGAAUGGUGAAGCGGAUUAAACGAUAGUGUUCAAUAUACCUGAUAAUUUGUGAAUCUGUGGCCGCAACAAACGGCUCAUCUUACGUUGUACGCAAACAAUCUUACAAGUGAUCGAGUUAUUACAUCACGUAACAAUGUGAAGGCUUUUAUAUUAGCUAAUAUCGAAGUGUGUUAAAUUUACGUACUUUUAUUAGAAGACAAAAUUCUAUACACUGUGUCAUUACUGUUAGACUAAUCGGUGAUGAUUGUGUCCAUGUGAAUGAUGAGAAA